AUGUCGGAUACUGUCUCCACAGUGCUACCCCAAGCCGCAGGCUAUGGGGUGGUUGUCGGAAUCGGCUUCUUCUUCACCGUUGUUAUGAUUGGGAUAUCUAUGCUACAGAACAAAUAUACCAACUUCUCUACCAAGACCAGCGAAGAAUUCAACACCGCUAGUCGAAGUGUCAAGCCGGGUCUUAUUGCUGCAGGCAUAGUGAGCGCAUGGACAUGGGCAGCCACGUUGCUCCAAAGCAGUACGGUAGCCUACACAUACGGCGUGGCUGGACCGUUUUGGUAUGCUGCUGGAGCAACAGUUCAGAUCUUGAUGUUCUCAAUCCUUGCUUGCAAGACUAAGAUGAAUGCUCCCCGGUGCCACACGUUCCUCGAAAUCAUUCAGGUUCGAUAUGGAACUCUGGCUCAUGUCGUUUUCAUUUUCUUCGCCCUCGUGACCAACGUACUCGUUGGCUCCCAGCUCUUGCUUGGGGGCUCAGCUGUUGUGACCACUUUGACCGGGAUGAACGUCUAUGCUGCUAUCUUUCUGAUCCCACUAGGCGUUGUGGCCUAUGUUCUUAUGGGUGGACUUCGGGCCACGUUUCUCUGUGACUAUUCCCAUACAUUGAUAUUAAUGGUCAUUAUCUUGUACUUCAUGUUUCAGGUGUACGCUGGCGAUGAGCUGAUCGGAUCCCCGUCCAAGAUGUUCGACUUGUUAAAGAAGGCUGCCAGUUUACGCCCGGUUGAAGGAAACAUUGACGGAUCAUAUCUUACUCUGAAAUCGAACAAUGCGCUCAUCUUCGGGGUGAUUCAAUUAUGCUCAGGUAGUGGAACUGUCUUCUUAGACCAAGCAUAUUGGCAGCGCGCCAUCGCAUCAAGACCAACGACUGCUGUUCGCGCCUACAUCCUUGGUGGCUUAGCCUGGUUUGCAAUUCCUUUCGGGUUUGCGACAACACUAGGUCUGGCUGCAGUGGCAUUGACAGAUAAUCCAUCUUUCCCUACAUACCCGAACCCCCCUUCACCUAGUCAGAUUUCAGCUGGGCUAGCCUCAGCAUUUGCAGCAAGUGCUCUCUUAGGCAAGGCCGGUGCUGUUGCCCUUCUCAUCACGUUGUUCAUGGCAGUCACCUCUUGUGCUUCGGCCGAGUUGAUUGCCGUUUCCUCGAUACUUACGUUCGAUAUCUACAAGACGUACAUCAAACCUGCCGCAACCCAGGAGAACCUCAUCUUUGUCGCUCACGUUAAUGUUGCCAUAUUCGGACUCACUAUGUCAAUUUUUGCCAUCAUUUGGAACGUCAUUGGCAUUGAUCUGGGAUGGCUUUUCCUGGUAAUGGGCCUGCUGAUUGGUGGAGCGGUAUUUCCUACGGCAUUUGCCAUCACUUGGAGACGGCAGUCUAGGGCCGGCGCCGUUGCAGGGGCAGUAUGUGGUCUCAUCGCCGGACUGACAGCUUGGCUUGCAGAAGCAAAGGUGUAUUAUGGGGAAAUAACUCUGAACAGCACUGGCUCCAAUUACGCAACCCUCGCCGGAAAUCUCGCUGCGAUCAUAACGGGCCUCAUUGUGUCAGUUGUGGUGUCGUUCAUAAAGCCAGACAACUUCGACUGGAGCACUACACGAGCCAUCAAUGGCGGUGAUGUUUAUGAAGGACAAAAUCCUGAACCGCAAUCCACUGGAUCGAGCACUCCACAGGAUGACAGUGAGAAAAUCACCAAAUCGGACAAUGAAAUGCUCACCAUAACGUCGACACCUGCCGUUCUAAGCGCAGCCCAGCCAGAGGAAAAGCACGUUGACGCUAUCCGGGUCGACGAGGAGCGACAAAUGUCUCUUGAUGCUGUCACAGAGAAAGAUCCUAAGAGACUUCGAUCAGCAUUUAUCCUUGCCUGUGUCGCGUCAUUCGUCCUCACAUUUAUCAUGGACUUUCUCAUUCCUAUCCCCAUGUUUUUGAGCCACUACAUCUUUUCGGAGCAUUUCUUCCUGGCAUGGGUGAUUAUCAGCUUCAUCUGGGUGUUUUCAUCAACCUUUGUCUCGGUAUGCUUACCCAUUUGGGAGACCCGGUCUUUCUUCGGACAACUCUUCCACGAGAUCAUUGGCGAUAUCAGAGGGGGCAAGCGCAAGGCAUGA